AUGUCAUCCAAUUCAAAAUCAAAUCUAAAAAAUGGAAAAAUUCAUCGAGGUUAUUUACCACUUAAAUGUUGGUUAGACUUAUUUGGAAUUUUGGGUUUAUGUAAGCGACCAGAAAUUAAAAUUAGCCAAAACAUUGAUGUACUCAUCGACACAAAAGAAUUAACAGAAAACAAACAAUAUCGACAACAGGAACAACCCCUAUCAUUCUCAUCAUACGAUCCAUGCCAUACCUAUGGAGCAACGCCACCAUUUAAGCCCAAUCGAAUAACUUUAGGGAAAAAUGAGGAAAUUGACCGGGGUUUAGCCCUUAACUGUUGGUUAGACCCAUUUGGUAAAUGGGGCUUAUGUAAACAACCAGAAAUUAAUGUUAACAAAGAUAUAGGUGCGCUUAUCGACCCAGAAGUUUUAGUUGAAAAGAAAUCAUAUCAACAACGAGACUAUAAUCCUUGCCCAUCAUACAACACCAAUUUAAAGUCAAAUUUCAAUCAAUCACAAUCUUUCCAUACCAACGAAUCUGAAUUCGAUUCUGUUGAAUCAUCACGAUUUAGCUCCAAUGAAUUACAAAACACAUUCAUGAUGGCACCUCACAAUUCUACUGAAUCGCUACCAUUAAAUCCCAAUAAACUACCACCAAGUAAUAUCACUGAAUCCACAAAAUUAAACGCCAAAGCAGCAACACAAAUCAGUUCCAAUGGAUCAUCACAAUUAAACCACAAUGAACCAUCUUCAAUCGAUCGCAUUGAAUCAGUAAGAGCGAACAGUAAUGAAUCGCUAGAAGUAAAUCACAGUGAAUCAUCACAAUUCAGUCCCAAUGAAUUGUUAAAAUUGAAUACCAAGGAAUUAUCUCCAAUACCUAAGGAAUCACUAAAAUUUAAUAUUAGUGAUUCAGCUCAAUUAAAUUCCCAUGAAUCAAAAACAUUCAAAUUUAAUGAAUCUCUACAAUUCAAAUCCAAUGAAUCACUACAAAAUAUUCGCGAUGAUACAUCACAAUUCAACACUUAUGAAUCAUUACUAUUGAAUCCCAAUGAAUUAUCCUCAAUUAACUCUUAUCAAUCCCAAUCACCGUUAUUAAAUAUCAAUCAAUCUCCGUCUUUUAAUCCAAUAUUCAAUUCUAAUAAACCAACAUUAUUAAAUCAAUAUCACACACAAUUUUCCAAUCCCAUUCAAUCACCACAACUUAACUCUUUUAAAUUACCACCAUAUAAUUCUAAUCAAUUACCAUCGUUAAAUUCCCACCAAUCCCAACCAACGUUAUUAAAUAGCAAUCAACCUCUAUCUUCCAAUCCUAUUCAAUCACCACAAUUUAACUCUUUGAAAUUAUCACCAUAUAAUUCUAACCAAAUACCAUCGCCAUCGUUAAAUCCCCAUCAAUUCCAAUCACCGUUAUUAAAAAGCAAUCAACGCCCAUCUUUCAAUCCUAAUCAAUCACAAACGUUAAAUCCUUAUCAAAGACAAUCUAUCAAUCCUAUUCAAUCACCACAAUUUAACUCCUUGAAAUUAUCACCAUAUAAUUCUAACCAAUUACCAUCUUUAAAUCCCCAUCAAUCUCAACCACCGUUAUUAAAUCGCAAUCAAGCUCCAUCUUUUAAUCCUAAUCAAUCACCAACGUUAAAUACUUAUCAGACACAAUCUUUCAAUCUUAUUCAAUCGCCACAAUUUAACUCAUUGAAAUUACCACCAUAUAAUUCUAACCAAUUACCGUCGUUAAAUCACCAUCAAUCUCAACCAAUGUUAUUAAAUCGCAAUCAAGCUCCAUCCUUUAAUCCUAAUCAAUCACCAACAUUAAAUCCUUAUCAAACACAAUCUUUUAAUCCUAUUCAAUCACCACAAUUUAAUUCUUUGAAAUUACCACCAUAUAAUUCUAAUCAAUCACCAUCUUUAAAUCCCCACCAAUUCCAAUCACCAUCAGUAAAUAGCAACCAAUCUCCAUCUUUUAAUCCUAAUCAAUCACCAACAUUCAACUCCAAUAUAUCACCAUCAUCAAAUCUUUUUCGAACACCAUCUUUUAAUCCUAUUCAAUCACCACAAUUUAACUCUUUGAAAUUACCAACAUAUACUUCUAAUCAAUCACCUAUAUUAAUAAAUUUAACAUCACCAUCGUUAAAUUCCCACCAAUCCCAACCACCGUUAUUAAAUCGCUAUCAACCUCCAUCUUUUAAUCCUAAUCAAUCACCAACAUUAAACCCUAAUCAAACACCAUCUUUCAAUCCUAAUCAAUCACCACAAUUUAACUCUUUGAAAUUACCACAAUAUAAUUCUAAUCAAUCACCCUCGUUAAAUCCCCACCAAUCCCAACCACCGUUAUUAAAUCGCUAUCAACCUCCAUCUUUUAAUCCUAAUCAAUCACCAACAUUAAACCCUAAUCAAACACCAUCUUUCAAUCCUAUUCAAUCACCACAAUUUAACUCUUUGAAAUUACCACAAUAUAAUUCUAAUCAAUCACCCUCGUUAAAUCCCCACCAAUCCCAACCACCGUUAUUAAAUCGCUAUCAACCUCCAUCUUUUAAUCCUAAUCAAUCACCAACAUUAAACCCUAAUCAAACACCAUCUUUCAAUCCUAUUCAAUCACCACAAUUUAACUCUUUGAAAUUACCACAAUAUAAUUCUAAUCAAUCACCAUCGUUAAAUCUCAAUCAAUUACCAACAUUAAAUCUCAACCAAUCACCAUCUUUCAAUCGAAAUCAAUCACCGUUAUUAAAUUCAAAUCGAUCACCAUCAUUUAAUCUUAAUCAAUAA